AUGGCGCGUCCGCGGCCCCGCGAGUACAAGGCGGGAGAUCUGGUCUUCACCAAGGUGAAGGGCUACCCGCAGUGGCCGGCCCGGAUUGAGGAACUCCCGGAGGGAGAUGUGAAGCCUCCAGCAACUAAGUAUCCUAUCUUCUUUUUUGGCACCCAUGAAACUGCAUUUCUAGGUCCCAAAGACCGUUUCCCUUAUAAGGAAUACAAAGACAAGUUUGGGAAGUCAAACAAACGGAAAGGAUUUAAUGAAGGAUUGUGGGAGAUAGAAAACAACCCAGGAGUAAAGUUUACUGGGUACCAGGCCAUUCAGCAACAGAGCUCUUCAGAAACCGAGGGAGAAGGCGGCAAUACUGCAGAGGCAAGCAGUGAGGAAGAAAGUGAUAAAGUGGAAGAAGAUGGAAAAGGCAAAAGAAAAAAUGAAAAAGCAGACUCGAAACGGAAGAAGUCAUAAACUUCAAAGAAAUCCUCUAGACAGUCCCGGUAAUCUCCAGGAGAUGAAGAUGACAAGGACUGCAAAGAAGAAAAUAAAAGCAGCUCUGAGGGUGGAGAUGCCGGCAAUGACACAAGAAACACAACUUGAGACUUGCAAAAAAACCAGUGAAGGGACCUAACUACCUUAAUGAAUGCUGCAUAUUAAGAAAACCCCAAGAAGGUUAUACGUUUGGUUGUCUAAUAUUCUUGGAUUUGAUAUGAACCAACACAUAAUCCUUGUUGUCAUUGACAGAACCCCAGUUUGUAU